UUACGUGUAAGAUUUCUCAGAUUUCUUAUGGUCAGGGUUCGGGCCAUCACGAAUCUAACCCUUUGAUUUGCAUGUCUCUUUACUCCUGGUUGUACAUAUACGUGACUUGUUUGUUUUCUAGUUGUUCUUGUUCUUGGUUCUUCUCCUUUCUUCCUCUCCCUCUCUCACACAUCCACACACUCCUCAUCAGUUCAUUGUGAAAUAUUCACUCAUAGUGUUUGACAUGUACAGCUUUAUGGAGCUUUUAUCAUUUGCAAAAUUGAAAAUAGAUAAUAGAGAAGACAAAGAGAGUAAAAAUAUGAAUUGUGAAACCUUCUUUCUCUCUCAAGAAUUUCCUUCUACAACUUGAAUCCACGGACUCAACACAACAAUUACCUACUUGGUGACUUUGGCCUUCAAUCCUUGGAUUGCUUUAUUUCCUGCUUUUGGAUUUCUUCUCUUGCAGUUUCUUUGAUCAUGGGGUUCAAGAGACUUUCAUGGAUAUGUGGGGUGGAACUCAAAUCAGGUUCAACAUGUGUUCUAAGUGGUGUAAUAGAUGGUUUAAAUAUAUUCUUCCUCAUUCUUUUCUUUCUGGUUUUGAUAGUUUCUAGCCUCAGGAAUCACACAAUCCAUUUAGAAACACACAGAUCAGGGUUAUUCAUUAUCAUUUCAGUAUUUUGUGCUACUGUUGGUGUUGUAUGUUUUGCUGAUGGCUUAUGGAUUCUUCUAUGGAAACCUGAGAGCUCCUUGUUUUGGAGUUGGACUCUUUAUUUUGUGAGGGGAUUAGUUUGGAUAGCUUUAUCAGUCUCUCUUAUCAUUCGGAAGUUCAAAUGGGUGAAAAUCCUGAGUUUGGUUUGGUGGGUCUUCUUCUCUCUCCUUGUAUCUGCCUUAAACAUUAAGCUCUUAGUGAGUGCACAUUCACUUAAGAUCCUAGACUUGGUAUCUUGGCCCAUAAGCUUGUUGCUUCUUUUCUGUGCAUUAAAACUUCUUGGAGUUCUUUUCUCUCAUCACACAGAAACAAAAGAUUUGUCCCAAUCUCUAUUGAAUAAACAUGGCAGAAAAGCAAUAGAACCAUGUAACACAAGAAGGUUCUUAAGUUCCCUCACAUUUUCUUGGGUCAAUCCUUUACUACGAUUGGGCUACACCAAACCUUUAAACAUUGAUGACGUUCCACCUUUAGCAAUAGAAGACAAGGCUCUUCUGGCCUAUGAGGCCUUCUCUAAGGCCUGGGAAGUCCGUAGAGAAAGAGGGGAUACCGACAAUUUGGUCUUCAAAGCUUUGAGUGAUUGUUACUCUAAAGAGAUGGUGUUCACUGGUAUCUAUGCAUUUCUUAGAGCAGUCUCAACUUCGGUUUGUCCAUUGUUACUAUAUUCAUUUGUGAAAUUUAUGGGCCAUGAGAAGCGCGAAUUGUACAAAGGAUUCUUAUUAGUAGGAACAUUAGGAAUCUUGAAGGUCGUAGAAUCUCUCUCUCAAAGGCAUUGGUAUUUUGGGUCUAGGAGGACAGGUAUGAAGAUGAGAUCAGCUAUAAUGGCAGCUAUCUAUAGUAAGCAGCUUAAGCUCUCUAGUUUGGGAAGGAGGAGACAUUCAACAGGGGAAAUUGUGAACUAUAUUGGUGUUGAUUGUUAUCGGCUUGGGGAAUUUCCAUGGUGGUUACACACAGCUUGGAGCUCCCUUCUUCAGCUGAUCUUUGCCGUACUAGUUCUCUUUCUAAUUGUUGGCUGGAGUGCUCUUCCUGGCUUGGUUCCAAUCAUAAUUCUCUCUUUGUUAAACAUUCCCAUUGCUAAGAUACUUCAAAACUGCCAGACCCAAUUUAUGAACGCCCAAGACGAGAGGCUUCGGGCCACUUCAGAGGUCCUAAACAACAUGAAGAUCAUCAAGUUGCAGGCUUGGGAGGAGAAAUUCAAGGGUCGCAUUCUCUCUAUGAGAGAGAAUGAAUUCAAAUGGUUAACUUCUGCCCAGAUGAAGAAGACCUUUGGAAUUCUGUUCUUUUGGAUGGCACCUGUGUUUGUUUCUUCUGUGAUAUUUGCAAGCUGUGCCAUUAUGGGGACUGCUGCUUUGAAUGCUAGCACAAUUUUCACUGUUUUGGCUGCACUGAGGGUUAUGUGCGAACCUGUAAGGUUGCUCCCUGAGGCCUUCACUGUUAUAAUUCAGGUGAUGAUUUCAAUGCAUCGGAUUGGCCGUUUCUUGUUGGAGGAUGAGUUAAAGAUGGAGAAUAUCAGAAGGUGUCAUUUUAAUGGUUCUGAUUACGAUGUGAAGAUAACUGAUGGAAUUUUCAGUUGGAACCCCUAUGAAAACAUUCCUACACUAAGGGAUGUUAACUUGGAAAUAACAAGAGGGAGCAAAGUAGCAGUUUGUGGCCCUGUUGGUUCAGGAAAAUCUGCACUUCUAUAUGCCAUGCUUGGCGAGAUACCGAAUGUCUCUGGAUCAGCUCAAAUCAAUGGUUCUGUUGCUUAUGUUGCCCAAACAGCUUGGAUACAGAGCGGGACAAUUCGUGAUAAUAUACUCUAUGGGAAACCAAUGGACAAGACCAGUUAUUAUAAGGCCAUAGGAGCUUGUGCCUUGGACAAGGAUCUGAACAAUUUUGAACAUGGUGAUCUCACAAUAAUUGGAGAGAGGGGACUCAAUUUGAGUGGUGGUCAGAAACAAAGACUUCAGCUUGCUAGAGCUGUCUACAAUGAUGCUGAUGUCUACCUUCUUGACGACCCUUUUAGUGCUGUUGAUGCACACACGGCUGCCAUCCUUUUUAAUGACUGUGUGAAAUCGGCCCUGUCAAAGAAAACUGUUGUUCUUGUGACUCAUCAGGUUGAAUUUCUGGCGGCGGUUGACGAAAUUCUGGUUUUAGAAGGUGGGCGUAUCACACAAUCAGGGAGCUAUGGAGGGCUGUUGAGGACUGGCAUGAUGUUUGAGAAGCUUGUUAAUGCUCACCAAGAAGCCAUGACAGCAUUGGAUCAACCUCCAAACCUGGGACAUUUGAUUGAAUCUUGUAAAAUUAAUAGUGGGUUGCAGCCCGAGAAAGGAAAAGAUGAAGGGGAAAUUUCACUGAAGGGGCUGUCUUCUAACCAGCUGAUACAAGAUGAAGAGAAGGAGAUUGGUGAUGUGGGUUUGAAACCGUUUGUUGAUUAUAUAAGUAUUGCAAGGGGAUGGGUUCUUCUUUCUUCAGUUAUACUAGUUCAAUGUGUGUUUCUUCUAUUGCAAACAUUAUCAACUUACUGGUUGGCAGUGGCCGUUCUUAUUCCUCAGAUCAGCAGUAGAGUUUUUAUUGGAGUAUACUCUGCAAUGUCAAUGAGCAGUUUAGUUUUUAUUUACCUGAGGUCCUUCUUUACGGCCCUUCUUGGUCUAAGGGCUUCGAAAUCCUUCUUCUCUGGUUUCAUGGAUUCAAUAUUCAAUGCUCCAAUGUCAUUUUUCGAUUCCACACCUGUAGGCCGGAUCUUGACCAGGGCAUCCUCUGAUAUGAGCUUGGUAGACUUUGACAUCCCAUAUUCCAUCAAUUUUUCUUUGGUUCCAAUGCUCGAGAUUGUCUCAAUUCUGAUCGUCAUGUGCACUGUGACAUGGCAAGUUCUUGUCAUGGCAGUUCCCGUUAUGUUAAUUACGUUCUAUAUUCAGGGGUACUAUCUAGCGUCAGUGAGGGAAUUAGUGAGAAUUAAUGGGACAACAAGGGCCCCCAUUUUGAACUGCACUGCCGAGACAUCGCUUGGGGUAGUCACCAUUAGGGCUUUUGCUAUGCUAGAAAGGUUCAUUCAGCACAAUCUUAAUCUUAUAGACACAGACGCAAGGCUCUUCUUUUAUUCAAAUGUGGCCAUGGAGUGGUUGCUUCUGAGGGUGGAGGCUCUGCAAAAUAUCAUUUUAUUCACUGCUACAAUUUUCCUUGUUUUUCUCCAUCCAAGUACCAUAAGUCCUGGAUUUGUGGGCUUGUCACUCUCUUAUGCCCUGAGCAUGAGUGCUUGCCAAAUAUUUACAACUCGGUGGCAAUGCACACUUGCCAACUAUAUCAUCUCGGUUGAACGCAUAAAGCAAUUCAUGACCCUUCUUUCCGAACCACCUGCAAUCAUUAAUGAGAACAGGCCACCAGCUUCUUGGCCUGUCAAAGGGAGGAUUGAUUUACUGGACUUGAAGAUAAAGUAUAGACCAAAUUCUCCACUAGUUCUCAAAGGGAUCACGUGCACAUUUGAAGAAGGCAAGAGAGUGGGAGUUGUUGGAAGAACGGGUAGUGGAAAAACAACAUUGAUAAGUGCCUUGUUCCGUCUGGUUGAACCAGCUAGUGGAAAGAUCCUCAUAGAUGGACUGGACAUUUGCUCAAUUGGUCUUAGGGAUGUUCGGACUAAUCUUAGUAUCAUACCCCAAGAGCCUACUCUUUUCAAGGGUACUGUAAGAAGUAACUUGGAUCCUCUGGGCCUAUACAGUGACCAUGAGAUAUGGGAGGCCAUAGAGAAGUGCGAAUUGAUGAGCACCAUCCGGAGCCUUCCCGACCUUCUUGAUUCUUCUGUUAGCGAUGAAGGAGAGAAUUGGAGCGCAGGUCAGCGCCAGCUUUUUUGCCUUGGUCGAGUCUUGCUUAGGAGGAACAAAAUAUUGGUUCUUGAUGAAGCAACUGCAUCCAUAGACACCACAACAGAUGCUCUCCUCCAAAAGGUCAUCAGAAAGGAAUUCCCAAAUUGUACCAUCAUAACUGUCGCACACAGAGUUCCAACAGUUACAGAUAGUGAUAUGGUGAUGGUUCUUUAUAACGGGGAGCUUGUAGAAUAUGAUAAGCCGUGGAAACUUAUGGAAACUAACUCCUCCUUUGCUAAGCUAGUGGCUGAGUACUGGGCCCACAGUAAUAGGAGGGCAUAAUAAAUCCUUUGACGUUUGGUGUAGAGAGAGAGAUGCAUGUCUGUCUGAAUCGUAAGGGGAGAGAGAGAGAGAGAGGUGCAUGUCUGUCUGAAUUGUAAGGUUUUUUCCUCCUAGAUAUACUGCAUUGGUGACACCAUUGCUUGAUAGCCAUAUAUGUAUUUAUGUGCAAUGUCUUGUGAAAGGCAUACUUUGGAGGAUAAUGCAAUUCUUAUACCGAGAUCGUUGAAGGAUCUAUUUAUUAUUAUGGGCACGCUUUCUACA